GGGAUGUUUGAAAGCAUACAAAGGAAUUGCUGGAGCAAGCAGAAGUGGAAAAACCUCUCAAGAAGGAAGUGAAGAUGUGCUCAUAAAACGAAAAAGGGGGAACAAAGAAGUUUUACAACUCAAAUCUCUCCCCCCGAGGUAUCUUGGACUGACCGAGGAGGACUAGAAGGAGGGAAGAAAAAGUGGAGAAGAUGAAGGUGAAGGUUUCUUUCAGGAUUGUGGACUGCGUUUUCAAAAUCCUCCUGUUGCUGCUCUCCAUUUUAAAUCCAGCUUCUGCACCUCCGCCACCCACCUUAAGGCUCUCGGAAGAGGUUGCGGGCAGGGACCUCAUCCCAUCACCCAUCAUUAAGUUUCCAGGUGAUGUUUCCCCCAAAACAGACAAAGAACUGGCAUUCCAAUACCUCAACAAGUAUUAUGGAUGUCCCAAAGACAAUUGCAACCUACUCGUCCUGAAGGACACUUUGAAGAACAUGCAGAAGUUCUUUGGGCUUCCUCAGACUGGAGAACUGGACCAAAACACUAUAGAAACUAUGAAAAAACCAAGGUGUGGCAACCCGGAUGUGGCCAAUUAUAAUUUCUUCCCCAGGAAACCAAAAUGGGAGAAAAACCUUGUCACGUACAGAAUUCUAGGCUAUACCCCAGAUCUGGAUUCUGAAACGGUUGAUGAUGCGUUUGCCCAAGCCUUCAAAGUCUGGAGUGAUGUCACGCCGCUGGAAUUCUCUCGAAUUCAUGAUGGAGAGGCAGAUAUCAUGAUCAAUUUUGGACGAUGGGAGCAUGGGGAUGGGUAUCCUUUCGAUGGUAAGGAUGGUCUUCUGGCCCACGCUUUUGCUCCUGGACCAGGAGUUGGAGGUGAUUCUCAUUUUGAUGAUGACGAAUUUUGGACUUUGGGUGAAGGCCAAGUGGUCAGGGUGAAAUACGGCAACGCGGAUGGAGAGUUUUGCAAAUUCCCCUUCCUAUUUAGUGAGAAGGAAUACAACAGCUGCACCGAUGCAGGACGAAGCGAUGGGUUUCUGUGGUGUUCGACCACCUACAACUUUGAUACAGACGGCAAAUAUGGAUUCUGCCCCCAUGAAUCUCUUUUCACCAUGGGUGGAAACUCGGAUGGGCAACCGUGCAAAUUUCCCUUCCUGUUUGAGGGAAGAUCCUUUGACAGCUGCACCACAGAAGGAAGACAAGAUGGGUAUAGAUGGUGUGGCACUACCGAAGAUUAUGACCGGGAUAAGAAAUUUGGAUUUUGUCCAGAGACAGCAAUGUCUACCGUGGGUGGGAACUCUGAAGGACAGCCGUGCGUUUUUCCUUUUAUAUUCCUUGGGAAUAAGUAUGAUUCUUGUACUACUUCGGGACGGCAAGAUGGGAAGAUGUGGUGUUCUACUACUAGUAACUACGAUGAAGAUCGCAAAUGGGGAUUUUGUCCGGAUCAAGGGUACAGUCUGUUCUUGGUUGCUGCUCAUGAAUUUGGCCACGCAAUGGGACUCGAACAUUCUCAAGAUCCUGGCGCGCUCAUGGCCCCCAUCUACACUUAUACCAAGCACUUCCGUCUUUCUCAAGAUGACAUUCAAGGGAUCCAAGAACUUUAUGGGGGUUCUACUGAUGUUGGACCAGGACCAAAGCCAACUCUUGGACCUGUCACUCCUGAACUUUGUGGCCAAGAUCUUGUCUUUGAUGCCGUGGCUCAAAUUAGGGGCGAGAUCUUUUUCUUCAAAGACAGAUUCUUCUGGAGAACAGCUAAUGAACGGAGUCGUCCAACGGGACCUUUGCUCGUUGCUGUUUUUUGGUCUGACCUUCCAGAAAAAAUUGACGCUGUCUAUGAAGCCCCUCAAGAAGAGAAAUCGGUAUUUUUUUCAGGAAAUGAAUACUGGAUUUAUACAGCCAGCACCUUGGAAAGAGGGUAUCCAAAAAGACUUACCAGUCUCGGGCUGCCUCCUGACGUGCAACGUGUCAAUGCUGUAUUUAACUGGAGCAAAAACAAGAAGACUUACAUUUUUGCAGGGGACAAAUUUUGGAGAUACAACGAAGUGAAGAAGAAAAUGGAUCCUGGCUUCCCUAAAUUAAUUGCAGAUGCUUGGAAUGGCGUCCCAGACAAUUUAGAUGCUGCCCUGGAAGUGAGCGGAAGUGGUCACAGCUACUUUUUCAAGGACUGGUACUACCUGAAAAUGGAAGAUCAAAGCUUAAAGAUUGUGAAAGUCGGCAAUGUGAAAUCAGACUGGCUGGCUUGCUGAGCAAAGCGCCCCCUUUUCCUAACCAACCAUUUAUAUCUGUUUUGAUGUGUAAGAGUCCUAUGCCUUACCCCACCAUUAGAAAUAGAGCUAUAUCCUAAUUCAGGGGCUUGUCUGGUACCAGCCCAACCUAUUCAAUACCACUACUUGACACAACGGUUUCAUCUGAUAAAGGACAGUGACUUGGAAGCAAGUCCCAUCAAAUCCUUCCUUCUCAAAAGCCUUUAGAACUCAGAAUUCCUAGAUCUGACAUUUCUUCUCCUUCCGUCUCAAAAUUUAAGCUAUAUAGGCCUGAUGUCAUUGCUCAGCGUUCCAGAUUGGCAAAGCUACUGCUAAGAUACCGUCAUGGCCAUCUUGUUCUCAUUUUUGAAAGCAAUCAUUAGCAAACCGUACGCAGAGAUCAAAAUAUACCCCUAAAUGUAGAAAGUUAGCACGCCAGGAAGUUGGUGGCUUCAACACAUGCCAAUCUUCUAAAUUUAGAGAGAAGCAAAAUGGAGGGUUUAGAAUUUUAUUUUAUUUUUUAACAGCCUGGAAGAAUCAAGUCCAGCCAUAUACAGGUCUUGUUCUUUCAAGUCAGGUUGGACAUGAAAUGAAAUUAUAUACCAGCAUCCCGAAUCUUGAAAAAGUUCCAAUUACAGAACCUUUGAAAAGCCUUCAGGCUUUCCAACUUACCUGUAAGUCAACUAUGGAAAGGAGAACUUUAUAUUCUGAAUUUUGGCCUCUGAACUUUCCACAUUUUCUUGGGGGGCAGGGGGAAUCUUAUCAGUUUCGGUUCAGAUUCGCCCAAAGGGGCCUUGCUUUUUCCAAGAAGAGCUUUAAACUCUGCCGUUCCCGAGUGCUUCGUUUGUGAUUCCCGUUUCUUUAUCCACGGCGUUGCGAAAAAGGCCGAGGCAAGGCACAGGCUGCCUGGGGAUAUUGUGUUAAGCAUUGAAACACGAUGAAGUCACGGGGGAAGAAACUUGCUACAGGUAGCCCUCGACUUAUGACCAGAAUUGAACCCCCAAAAUUUAUGUUGCUAAGCAAAUUGGUUGUAAAGUGAGCUUUGUCCCAUUCUAUGACCUUUCUUGCCACCGUUAAGGGCAUCAUGGCAGUGGUCUAGUGACAUGGUUGUUAAAUGAAUCGGGCUUCCCCCUUUAGUAUGCUUGUCAGAAGGUCACAAAAAUAUGAUUGCGUGAUCCCGGGACAUUGCAACUGUCAUAAGUACAUGCCAGUUGCCAAGCAGCCGAAUUCUGAUCACAUGAUCAUGGGAAUGCUGGAACAGUCGUGCAAAAAAUGGCCAUCAGUCACUUUUUUUUCUUCAGUGCCCUUGUAACUUCCAAUGGUCACUAAACGAAUGAUGGUAAAUCAAGGACUAAGGUUUUUUUUUUUAAAAAAAGAAAGGCAUCUCUUUACUUAAAACCAGCCAUUUGCUUCAUGCACUUUGCCGUCUACAGAUCUUAAAAGAAACACAGAUGGAGUGACCCAUGAAUUUGAAGUUGACAUGUUGUAAGAAAGGCCAAGUUUUGAACGCUUCGUGUUUUAUUUUUCUUCUCUUUAUUGUACCGGGAUGGCUUCCUCUUCCUUCCUCUUUCUCGUCCACCCAUUUCCUCACGGUUAGAUUUUAAAGCAUCAGGCAAUGCAAACCUUCCACUGUAGACCCCAAUGGAGGGAUGAUGUUCAUAGAAAAGGAUUUUUAAGAAAAAAGAAAAGUGUACAUACCAAAAAUCAGUGUUACCAAUAAAGGAAGAAAACCAAA